GGUGAUGAAGCUUGGGAAAGUCUGCAGCACAGAUUAGAUGCUUGAGGAUGAAGGAAGGGGAAUGAGGGUGAGCAAAUCUUCAGCGAUCAUGCUGUCUGAAAUGGAGAAGUCCUUGGAAAACAUGGUUGAAGUCUACCACAGGUACUCCUUGCUGAAAGGGAACAACCACGCCCUCUACAAGGACGACUUUAAGAAACUCGUCACAACUGAAUGUCCUCAUUACAUGAAGAAGAAGAAUGUUGAAACCAUGUUCAAAGAGUUGGACAUCAAUCAGGACAAAGCAAUAAACUUCGAGGAGUACCUUGUGCUCGUGGUAAAGAUGGGCGUGGCAGCCCAUGCAGACAGCCACAAGGAGUAGCAGAGCUUCUGGCCCGGGGCUGGGCCCCUGGACAUGUCUACAGAAUAAUAAAAUUGUCAUACCU